AUGAUCGAGACAAGAAGAAUAAGCACGAUCAGACGUCAUCUGGCGUCUUCCUCUUCCGAAGGUCCACCAACAAUACCUUCCUGCAAAAUUGGUGAUUUGCUCAGUGACUUGCCAACUCCCAGUCUCUUGCUCGAACUCUCGCUUGCCGAGAAAGCGGUUGCGCGACGAAGUGAUGAUGAUGAUGAUGAUGAUGAUGAGCACGACGACGACGCAGCGUUGGACCAAACUCUGGCCAACGACUCCAACCUAGAUUGCUUGGAGGGAGCCCUCUUUGUACACACUCAAGUGGUGGACACGUCGACCCGGGACGCCAUUAAUCAACAACAAGGAUCUGGUUCCAGCAUUGUCAUUGGCGAACUGGAUGUUCCCUAUAGUUCUCUGGAAAAGGGAGCGGUUCUAGGCAUUGGAUUGGCCAAUCAUCACGUGGGCGGAUACUAUUGGGCCCGUGGUAUGGGAAUAGGAGCCAGUCUUCCGGCACAUGGAAUUGAAGUCCGUUCUUCUUCUAAUGAAAGUAGAUCGGAAUUGUAUUGGCUAAAGAGGGGCCCUGGAUUGAAUGCCCAAGAGACGACGGAGGAGUCUUCCAAUUCCAACGAUGGAAAACGCAGUGAAUGGGCCGACUUUUUGGUAGCUGGAGAUACUGUUCAACUGGUGCCAAAAGCCACUUCUGCAUUGCUAGUACCAUCAUCAUCAUCGAGAGCAAAAGGAUCAUUUGCAACACUGAUUGGUGUCAGACGAAUUGGUAGACCCUUGGGUGCGGAUCCCAUUGUCGAAAAAGUAUGGAUUCGAAGUGAAGCAGGAGGGUGGGUCGUACCAACGUAA